AUGGCCAAGACCAUCGAUUUCCUUGCGUCGGAUGGCGAAGACAACUUUGCUGCUCGUACCAUCUCAGCCACGUCCAAGCCGAACCGAAACGACGCCACAGCUUCAUCGAGCAAACCACAGAAGCGAGCCAGGAGAUCCACAAAGGGCAGCGAUGAUGACGGCAAUGACGACUUCGAUAUUGCCUCCUCGCUGCUGGCCAGUGCUGCCGAACCAGCCGCUGUUGGCAUGCUGUCCUCGUCACAGCAAGCCUCGCAGAAGGCAUAUGCGUCUCGCGUAUCCGCCAAGGAUGAUGACGACGAUGACGCUCGAUUCAUCGCAUCUGUCAUGCAGCAUGCCAACAUCAAAGCAGGUCUAGAGGUCGCAAAGAAGGCACUUUCUGGCAAGAACAAAGGCAAGAACAAGCUCGGCUCAGGUGUCGUUACCGGCGGUGGAUCCUUCCAGAGCAUGGGCCUGCAUCCGUCUUUACUUCGAUCGCUUCUCAUUCGCGGCUUCACCACGCCUACACCCAUUCAACGCCAGGCUAUUCCGGCUAUCAUGUCGCAACCCCCCAGAGACGUUGUCGGUAUGGCUCGUACCGGUUCAGGAAAGACGCUCGCGUAUCUCAUUCCGCUUAUCAACCGUCUCAAUGGUCGUCAUUCGCCUACGUUUGGCAUUAAGAGUCUUAUCCUUUGUCCCUCGCGCGAACUGGCGGUACAGAUCCUCAGGGUGGGAAAGGAAAUUGCGCGAGGAUGGAAGGCUGACGCAGGCGAGGGCCAGGAUAGCCGCGGAGAAGCUAUCCGCUGGGCAAUAAUUGUAGGCGGAGAGUCGCUCGACGAACAAUUCGGCAUCAUGUCCAACAAUCCGGAUGUCGUCAUCGCCACACCGGGCCGAAUGCUCCAUCUCACCGUCGAGAUGAACCUGGACCUCAAGUCGGUCGAAUACGUUGUCUUUGACGAAGCAGACCGACUUUUUGAAAUGGGUUUCGCAGAACAGCUCGAGGAGAUGCUCCUGCGUCUGCCACCAACACGACAGACUUUGCUGUUCAGCGCUACGCUGCCCAAGAAGCUCGUCGAGUUCACCAAGGCCGGAUUGCAGGCCAACCCAAAACUCGUGCGUCUGGACGCCGAUAGCAAGAUCAGCGCGGACCUGCGCAUGGCGUUCUUUAGCGUCAAGCCGUCCGAGAAGGAAGCUGCGCUCUUGGUUCUGCUGCGAGACGUGAUUGGUGUUCCGCUUGGCGAGCAGGCUGCACGGGACCUGGAUGAAGAAGCGCAAUUCAAUGAAGACGCGAGUGACAACCAAGCCGACGGUCAGCGAUCACGCGGCUACGGCAACAGGAGGGCCGAGUUCAAAGGCAAGACCAAGGACAAGCAUCUCGGCAACAAACGCAAACGUGGAGGACCAGGAGGAGCACUGGAACUGCUCCCGCACCAAACCAUCAUUUUUUGCGCCACCAAGCAUCACGUAGAGUAUCUGCUGUUGCUUCUGACCACCACUGGCUAUGCGUGCUCGCACAUCUACUCGUCGCUCGACCAAGCGACACGCGGUAUCCAAAUGUCUCGCUUCCGACGCGGGCAGAACAGCCUGCUGAUCGUCACCGACGUUGCUGCGCGUGGUAUCGAUCUGCCUGUUCUCGAGCACGUUGUCAACUUCGACUUUCCGCCGCAGCCGCGAACGUUUGUUCAUCGAGUUGGACGUACUGCACGUGCCGGCCGAAACGGUUGGGCGUGGAGCAUGUGCACAAAUGCCGAGCUUCCAUACCUGUGCGAUUUGCAGCUGUUUCUCGCUCGCCCUCUCGUGUCCUCACAUACCGCCAUCGCUGCUCUUGCCAACGGCAGAGACGUUGCGUCGGCCGACGCGCUCGGUCUACACGACAGCCUCAUCCUCGGAACCUUGCCGCGCGAAGCGUUGGACCUCGAAACCGAAUUCAUCUCUUCCUCUCUCACAAACACCUCGUCGUCCACCGCGCACGACUUCCCCGCUCUGCGCGCAGUAGCCGAUCGAGCACAGCAAAAGUACGAAAAGUCGAUCGCCAAAGCAUCGCAGGAAUCGCACCGACGCGCCAAAGAGAUGGUCAAGCUAGGAAGCAUCGAACAGAUCAACAUUCGCACCGCGUCCGGCAGAGAAGGCCAAGUACCCGAGUGGACGUUGGCGGGCUCGCCCCUGGAAGAGAUGGCGGUGCACGAUGUUGUGAAGCGCCCCGAGGUGUAUGGGUUGAACCGAGCAAACAAGGCCGACGCUGUGACGAGCGCGCUUGGCAGCGACCGAAUGGACGACAAGGUGAAGCGUGGCACGGACAACGCGCUCAAGGAGGCGGACGAGGCGGCCAAGAGGGCGGCGCUGUUGGCCAAGGUCAAUGCGUUCCGACCGCAAGAGACGGUGUUUGAAAUUGGGAUCAGGGGGGAUGCCACGCCGUUGGGAGCGUUGAUGAGGAGCAGAAGGCAGACGAUGCAGGUCAAAACCAAGAGGGCAGAAGCGUUGGAGGCGAGGAAAAGGGCGAUCGAGGGUGGAGGUGAUGCGAUGGAAGAUGAUGAGGAGGUGACCAAGCCCAAAGUUGCUGCGCGUAACAAGGGUAAGAAAAAGGCAACUGCUGGCAAGGCGGAUAACGACGAAGCUGUGGUGGGGGAUGCGAUGGUGGAUAUGGAGCAAGCAGAUGAAGCGGAUAUCCUUGCUGCAUUUGACACGACCAAGCCUUCAAAAGCACAAGUCCAACGUGAAGCAUUGACUGAUUCGGAAACGGACGCUUCUGAGUCGGACCGAGACGCUGCGUCUGCGCGACACACGAAGCGCGCGCGCACCAAGAAAGCCGCACCGACGUCGUACCGCGAUCCGAACUUCUACCUCUCGUACGAGCAGCAAGGGUCUACAUCUGAACGCGGCUAUUCGCUCAACAACGCACGUAGUCACACGGACUCGUUCAUCCAGCAGGCGUCUGCGGUGUCAUUCGACCUCGCCGGCGACGACGCGACGCUGGGCACGCAAUCUCAACGACCCAACGUGACACGAUGGGAUUCCAAAAAGAAAAACUUUAUCCAAGCCACUGUGGGUGCGGACAACAAAAAGAUGAUCCGCACCGAGUCCGGUGUUCGUCUGCCCGCCUCGUUCCGCUCCGGUCGGUAUGAGGAUUGGAAGCGCGAAAAGCGCAUCGACAUGCCCAAGACGGGCGAAAUCGAGUCCAACAACCACCGCGUCCACGAGCGCUCGCCUCCAGAAACGAGCGUUAUGGGUCUCAAACGCUUCAGACAUACCAAGCUCAGUGCACCCAAGACAGCCGGCGUAUUCGGCAACCGUCGACCGGGCCAGCCGAAACGCCAAGCUGCCAAAGACGAAGUGAAAAGCGCCAGACAAAUCCAAAAGGACAGAGAGCUCAAGGAGAAGAGAAGAGAGAAGAACGCCCGACCCAGCAAGUCCGAUACCAAUCGCAGAGCAAAACGCGGCGCAGCACGCCGUGGACGUGGUGGUCAUGGCCCGCGUGGUGCAAGCAGGUAA